AUGGGUGGUGUUGAAAAAACUACACUUUUCAAAAAAAUUCACAAUAAGUUCGGUGAAAUGGCUGGUGGGUGUCAAGUUAUCAUCUGGGUCGUGGUAUCUCAAGGCACAAAUAUUUCAAAGCUUCAAGAAGAUAUUGCACAAAAGCUACACCUUUGCGACGGCGAGUGUACGAACAAAAACGAAGGUGACAAGGCCGCUGAUAUAACUAGAGUUUUAAAAGGGAAGCGAUUUGUUCUGAUGCUAGAUCAUAUAUGGGAGAAAGUUGAUUUAGAAGCUAUUGGUGUUCCGUUUCACAAUGGAUGCACAGUAGCUUUCACCACUCGUUCUCUCGAAGUGUGUAAGCGGAUGGGGGAUCAUGAACCAAUGCAAGUCAACUGUCUGGAAAAACAUAUAGCAUGGGAAUUGUUUGAAAAAAUGGUCGGUGGCAAUACUUUGAAAAGUGAUCCUGAAAUUGUCGAGCUCGCAAGAAAGGUUGCUGAAAGUUGUUGUGGUCUGCCACUAGCGCUAAUUGCCAUCGGUGAGACAAUGUCAUAUCAAACUACGGUACAAGAAUGGGAGCUUGCAGUCGAUGUCUUGACCAGAUCCGCUGCAGAGUUUUCCGACAUGGAAAACAAAAUUCUUCUAAUUCUGAAGUACAGCUAUGAUAGCUUGGUGGGUGAACACAUCAAGUCGUAUUUCCUCUAUUGUGCUUUGUCAAAAGAUUUUCAAAUAAGUAAAGAAGAAUUGAUAGAGUACUGGAUGUGCGAGGGAUUCAUCGGGGGAACACAAAUCUUAUAA